AUGGCGGCGGGGGCGGGCGGGGCGGCGGGGGCGGGCGGCGCCGCCGGUGACAGCGCGGCCAUGCUGCGCAACGGGGCGGCGGGCGGCGGCCCCGCGGCGGGCGGCGCGGCGGCGCAGCGGCCCGUGCGCGUCUGGUGCGACGGAUGCUAUGACAUGGUGCACUAUGGCCACUCCAACCAGCUUCGCCAGGCUCGGGCCAUGGGAGAUUAUCUAAUUGUUGGAGUCCACACCGAUGAGGAGAUUGCCAAGCACAAGGGCCCCCCUGUCUUUACACAGGAGGAGCGGUACAAAAUGGUGCAAGCCAUCAAGUGGGUGGAUGAGAUUGCUCCAGGAGCUCCCUAUGUCACCACACUGGAAACCCUGGACAAAUAUAACUGUGACUUCUGUGUGCACGGGGAUGACAUCACCUUAACGGUAGAUGGUAAGGACACCUACGAAGAGGUGAAGACAGCGGGGCGAUACAGGGAAUGCAAACGCACCCAAGGUGUGUCCACUACUGACCUGGUUGGCCGCAUGCUGCUCAUGACUAAGGCUCACCACAGCAACAUAGAUGAGGACCUAGACUAUCGGAAGCACACUGACAACUUUGGGAAGGGGCCGAAGGGUCGCAGUCCCUGGACCGGCGUCUCGCAGUUCCUGCAGACAUCUCAGAAGAUCAUCCAGUUUGCGUCGGGGAAGGAGCCGCAGCCAGGAGACACCAUCAUCUACGUGGCUGGAGCCUUUGACCUGUUCCAUAUUGGGCAUGUGGAUUUCCUGGAGAAGGUUCACCGGCUGGCAGAGAAGCCGUACAUCAUCGCCGGGCUGCACUUCGACCAGGAAGUGAAUCGCUACAAAGGGAAGAACUAUCCCAUCAUGAACAUCCACGAGCGGACGCUCAGUGUCCUGGCCUGCCGGUACGUCUCGGAAGUGGUGAUCGGAGCCCCCUACGCUGUCACCGCUGACCUGCUGGAUCACUUCAGGGUGACACUGGUGUGUCACGGGAUGACCGAGGUGGUGCCCGACAAGGACGGUUCUGACCCGUACGAGGAACCGAAGAGACGCGGCAUUUUCCAGCUGGUGGACAGUGGCAGCAAUCUCACCACAGACUUAAUUGUACAGAGGAUCAUCAAGAACAGGCUGGAGUUCGAAGCCAGGAACCAGAAGAAGGAGGCCAAGGAGCUGGCUGUGCUGGAGGCCAUGCGGAGGCUGGACGAGAAGCGCUAGGCCAGGCUGGGCUGUCGCGGGGCCGCGGCCUCGCCCUCCCUGGGGCAGGAGGCUCGUCCGGAGGGACCCUGGACGGGGACACCGGGGCCGGCACCCCCUUCCGUCCAGCUCCUCCCACACUAAUUAUGCAGAAAUAACGAGUGGGGAUCCUGCCGCCUAGCUGUUCCUCUCUUAAUCGGCCCCCAGCCCCCUUCCCAGGAGGAGACUCAUCAAGAGAAAAAAAACAUGUUUUAAUUAUAACUAAUGUUUUAACACGUUGAUGUGCUUUUACCUCCUGCCAUUUCUGGCUUUCAGUAGGAGGGAAAUGGAGCGGCCGCCCUGGCCCCCCCGUCCCCCGGGUCCAGCUGUCCUGAUCAGCGUCUGGGUCCCAGCGUCCUGUGGGUGGUGGCAGCUGGACAGACGGACGAGAACGGCCUCCCCGGGGAGGGACGCGGCACCGCGGUGCCCCCGGCCGCCCCGCACCCGCGGUUCAGCCACCUGCCUCUUCCUGGCUGCUGCCGCUGCGCUAACAUGGGACCCACAGCGCGCCAGGUUUAGCGGGUGAAGCCCCCGCGGCAGCCGCUGGUGGGGCCGUUGGCUGCCGGGUGGUGAUGGCGGCUGCGGGGGCGGGUGGCACAGGGACCCCGGGCUGCGCGGGAGCCCCGGGGACUUUUGCCAGGCUGUUCUUGCUCGAGGCAGCGGGACCCGGUGCUGGCGCAGGCCGUGCUCGGAGCGCGGUGCUGCCGGCGUCCCCGAGCCCGACACUGGCUGCACCGUCCCGGCUGCUCUGGACGGUGACACCCAGCACCCGUGUCCCCGCAGCGGAGCCUGGGGACGGCGCUGGGCUGAGCCCCCUCUGCCCCGACACCCCUGGGUGUCCUGGGCCACUGCGCGGGACCGUCCUUCCGCUCCCCUUGUCCUCCGUUGUGAACUUCUGUUGCUGAUCAUUAAUAAAAUGCUGAAGAGUC